GUAUGGCCGGAAUAUUAUCGGUCCAAUUAUGUUGCUUAUAGUAGCCUAUAUUAUACCAACCUUACAGCCACUUAUUAUCAAAUUACUAAUUGAUUUCGUUGACGACAAAUAUGAUUAUCAAUGGCACGGAUAUGUCUAUACAGUGAUGUUAGUUGUAAUCAAUAUUAUCUAUUCGUUACUUAACGCCUAUUCAAUUGAAAUAAUUAAUACAAUGGGUAUAAGAGUUAAAUCGUGUCUAACGUCAGCCAUAUAUCGCAAAGCACUGGUAUUAAGCAAUGAUAGCAAACGGCUCACACCUAAUGGAGAAAUUGUCAAUUUGAUGACAGUUGACUGUCAACGUAUUAUCGACUAUCUUCAAUUGUCGGUAUUGGUAUUUACAUUACCCAUACAGAUUUGUCUGGCCAUCUAUCUAAUCUAUCAGCAAUUAGGUGUGGCCGCUUUUGUAGGUCUGGCCAUUUUGACUGCCAUAAUACCUGCAAGUUUCAUACUAACCGUAUUCAAUGGUCUAUCAAAACAAAAACAAUUUGAAUUCAAGGACAGUCGGCUAAAUAAAAUGAAUGAAAUACUAAAUGGUAUGAAAAUAUUGAAAUUAUACGCUUGGGAGAUACCUUACCUGAAAAUUAUUAACAAAAUACGUAACCGUGAACUUAAAUAUAUGUUGACCUCCGGUCUAUGGUUAGCGGUUACAUUGUUAAUGGGCACAGCGCUACCAAUGGUGGCACAGUUGGCCACAUUUGGCACCUAUGCUGGUAUGGAAGGGGGCGACAAAAUUAAUGCCCAGCGUAUAUUUGUAUCCGUUUCAUUGUUUACCAUACUUAACAGCAAUAUUAUAACUUUGCCAUUUACUUUCAAUUCAAUUAGCUUGAUUUUUGUAUCACUUAAACGAAUCGACAAAUUUCUCAAAUUACCCGAACAUUACAAUUAUGUUAAAAACAAUGAUAACAAACAAUUUUCAGUGACUGUAGAUAUGGCAACAUUUUCAUGGAUAGGCAAUGAAAAUGAUUUACAAUUAACAACAAUACCAACAACAACAACAACGAACAGCACUACAAUCACCAACAACAACAACCAUACAUUGAGAGACAUAAAUCUUGACAUAACUAACGGUAUGUUUGUAGCAGUGGUCGGCGGUGUCGGCUCUGGAAAGAGUUCACUAUUAUCGGCACUGAUUGGUGAUAUGGAACUGAUAGGCGGUUCAGUUAACAUAUCACAGGACCAGAGUCUGGCAUAUGUUCCCCAACAGUCAUGGAUAUUGAAUGCAACCCUUAAAGACAACAUAUUGUUUAGCAAACCAUACGAUCCGAUUAAAUACAGUCAAGUUGUGAGUGCCUGUGCUCUCGAACCGGAUCUUAGACAACUAUCCGGCGGAGAUGAGACAGAAAUCGGCGAAAAGGGUAUCAAUUUGAGUGGCGGUCAAAAACAAAGAGUCAGUUUAUGUCGGGCCGUCUAUUCUGAUGCCGACAUCUAUUUGUUUGACGAUCCGUUGUCCGCAGUGGACAGUCAUGUGGGCAAACAUAUUAUGACCGAAGUACUUAGUUCGCGAACCGGUCUAUUGCGUCAAAAAACCCGUAUUUUGGUCACCAAUCAGUUGUUUGUGUUACCCGAUGUCGACCUUAUUGUCGUAUUGAAAGACGGUUCAGUGGCCGCUAUCGGUACCUAUGAACAGCUGUUGGACAACAAUCAAGAGUUUAUCGAUUUGGUCGCACAAUACUCGGUCAACAAUAGACAACAACAACAGAAUAAUCAAGAAGAAGAUGAAGAUAUGUUAACUGAUAGUCAACAUAGCACUGGUAGUAUCGACAUCAAUAACACAACAACAACAACAACAAUAGCACCUACUGUUGAUACUACUGGUGACCAACCAUUCAAUAUUACAACCAUUACUAAUACACAGCUUAUAGAUGAAGAGCACUUGGAGUCUGGAAGAAUCAAGUUUGGUAUUUAUAUUAAAUACAUCCGUUCAAUGACUAUUAUACUGGCCGUCAUAUUUUUGAUCAGUCAAAUAGGAGCCAAUGGCAUGCAAAUAGCUGUUUACAAUUUGCUAUCCAAAUGGACAUCGGAUAUAUCGGGCGCCGACAGCAACAGUGAUGCCGAUACCAUCCGAUCGAAAACACGUUAUUAUCUGUCAGUGUUGGCCGCACUGAUUGUUGCCUUUAUUGUCUUGUUUAUGGUAGCUAUACUUGGUUUGGUUGCCGGCACCCGACGGGCUGCCCGACAAUUGCACGGCCAGAUACUUGAGCGUGUAAUGCACGCACCCAUGACAUGGUUUGAUACGACACCAUUGGGUCGGAUAUUAAACAGAUUUAGCAGAGAUCUCGAUGUUUUGGACGGACAGAUAUUUGAAUAUCUUCACGAAUUUUUCUAUGAGUUUAUAACACUAAUUGGCGGACUUAUCAACAUUUCUGUAUUGACGCCACUAUUUUUGGUCCCACUUGUGGUUAUUAUUAGUUUGUUUGUAUUAUUUCAGGAAUUUUACAAAAAAACAUCCCGUCAAUUAAAAAGAUUAGAGUCAAUCACUCGAUCGCGAAUCAUAUCGCACUUUGAAGAGUCGGUCAACGGUCUGUCCAGUGUUCGGGCCUAUCGUUGUUCAGAUAGGUUUGUACGGGAAAUAGAGACCCGAUUGGAUGCCAACCAGAUGUGUCUUUAUCCCAAUGCUAUGGCCAUCAGUUGGCUACAGACACGGUUGGCUGUGUUGAGCAAUCUAUUGAUAUUUUUUGCCGCACUAUUUGCCGUACUGUCCAAAGAUCGACUGACUGGCGGUUCAAUAGGUGUUACCCUGUCGUUGGCCAUCGGACUGAUGCCGACGUUUGAGUAUCUGAUAAAAGUGUUUAUUCUCAUUGAAAACAGUAUCGUUUCAGUGGAACGGGUGGAUGAAUAUACUCGACUAGAAUCUGAGGCCGACUGGCACUCGACCGCUAUUGAACUGCCGACCAAUUGGCCGUCAAACGGUUCGGUACGGUUUGAAGGCUAUGGUACCCGAUAUCGUCCCGGAUUGGAUCUGGUGUUACGCGGUAUUGAUAUAUGCAUUAAACCCAAGGAAAAGAUAGGUAUUGUUGGCCGAACCGGUGCUGGAAAGUCAUCGCUAACUUUGGCACUGUUUCGGAUCAUUGAGCCGGCAAUGGGCAACAUUAUCAUCGACGACAUCGACAUCAGCCGAUUGGGUCUCCAAGAGUUACGGUCGCGGUUGACAAUCAUACCGCAGGAACCGGUACUCUAUUCGGGUACUAUUCGAUCAAAUUUGGAUCCAUUUGGCAAUCAUACCGAUUCGGAUUUGUGGUCAGUAUUAGAACAGUCACAUCUCAAACAGUUUAUUCAGUCAUUGGAUAAACAGUUGGAUUCAUCUGUUGCCGAAUCGGGCGAUAAUCUAAGUGUCGGUCAGCGACAACUUGUUUGUCUGGCCCGAGCACUGCUUCGUCAUACAUCUGUACUGAUCCUCGACGAGGCCACGGCUGCCAUCGAUAUCGAAACCGAUGCACUUAUUCAGCAAACUAUUCGCCAGGAGUUCAGUUCGUGUACUGUACUGACAAUUGCCCACCGAAUCAAUACGAUUAUGGACUCGGAUCGGGUGCUAGUGUUCAACAAUGGACGGGUAGCCGAGUUUGACGAACCCGAUGUUUUACUGGCAAACAAGUCAAGCAUUUUUUAUACACUGGCCAGAGAUGCCGGAAUUAUUUGA